AUGUUGUACGACUGUAGACGUGACAGCCUUAUUCCAGACAAAACCUUGUUGGAUUCAGACAUUCUGACCAACGCCCUGGUCUGCCGUGAUCUAUCAGAAUCUCAAUACAAAGUUUUCAAAGGGGAGAGCCUUGAUGUUAAAAUGGAAAUGGUGAAAGCUGAAGGUAAUUUCAAAAUAAGUGUUCUUACAGGCCUCGCCAAUGUUCCAAACUACGCCAGUUUCUUUGAUAAUAGAUUAUCGAAAGAGCAGCAGGGUAUAGCAAGAGUAACGCUUAGAUGCGAGAAAAUAUCUAAGGUCGAAGAACUUGAUAUUGAACUUUUAAAAAGCGUUCCUCUUGAGAAUGGCAAUGAAGUAAAAAAUGCCACACACUAUGUUUGGAGACUGCUAUAUGGGUCUAAAAACUUUUUCGUUUUUGAUCGGGAGGUAAAACGUUGCGAGAAUUAUGGUUAUGUGAUGAGAGAUAUGCAGGAGUUCAUUGAAUCUUUGCCAAACUUGGACGAGAUACCAGAAAUGGAUAAAGAAGAAGCUGGAAAGCUUACUUGUACAAUGUAUGGCGAUACCUUUCUUCAAGAAAACCCUAUAAGUUUUGGAGAAGCCUUCAUGCUUUUAAAGGAACUGAGAAAACAUGAUGAAUCUGUGGUCCCCAUCGAGGCGAGCUUACUUCCACUGAGCACAGUAGAUAUUGAAGCUGCAGCAGCACGAUAUGUCACAGAAACUGACCCAGGAAUACUUUCUCAAAUGCAAGAUAUUAUGGAAAACAUUUCAGACAUUAACGGUCGAGUCAGUGGUUUCACCACGACUAAAGCAUUUUCAACAUUUCCAAGCAUCCAAAAGAAGAUUUCAAAGUUCCGAGCAAUGGUAUCUCAAUACACGAAUGCACUCAAAAAGGAUCUCUCACAGUUACUCCUCAAAGUAAGAAGCGGAGAUGCCGAGAUGAAAGAGAUUAAAGCGAUUUUGGAGAAAACAGUUACAACGCCAUUUAAUCGAGUCUAUCUGUCCUCAUGGGUAGAUAAAACCAAGAGAGAGCUUAAGUUGCUGACAAUGUACCUAGAAAGCUUCAAAGAUUUUCAAUUCGCCUUCGAACCAGACCAGCUCGAUAGUGUCAUCACUUCCCUUGAUCAUGAUAGAGUUGUAUGCUUCUCGUUUAUGAUAGACGACUUCCAAGACGAACAACUUCAAGAGAUGGCAACCUACCUUCGCACCGGUAACUGGAACGAGAAGCCUCUUGGUCAAAAAAGCUGGUUUGAAAAUGAAGAAUUGCUAAAAGAGCUCAAGACCCUAGCCAAAACUUUCAGUAACCUUGCAAAGUCUUCAACAAGUGACAGCAGCACUAACUUUGUAGUAUCAAACAUCAGUGGCCAAGAAAAAAGUGACAAGAUUGCAGUUCUCAAGAUGUUUCAGGAUGGUCAAGAAGUCGAAUUCAAGCCUGAGAAUAUACCACUGCAGGCAUCAACACCGGGUGAUGGAGCUGAUUCUAGCCGCCCAUCAAUAACGACAUCCAAGCAGAAUAGCAGUACUCAAUUUGAUAAUACAAAGUCAAUUAGGUGUGUGAGGUCAUAUAUAGAGACAAAUAGCAUAUUGCCAACGAGGCAACUGAAUCCAUCCUCUUUCCAAAUGCAGCAAGGAGGGAAAGGUGAAAUGCUUCAGACACCUCAGUGCAUCGUCUAUGCCCAAGCAAACUUUCAAGAAUUAGAUCAAGGGGUAUUUGCAAGUCCUGACAGCGAGAGCAGAAACGUCAGAACCAAAGCGAAACAAAUGCCUUCUGGAGCAUAUGAAUCAAUUCCAUUUUUCGCAGAUGAAGCAGGAAGUGAAAAUCAGUUUAUCUCUUCACACAAGCCCGCAGCUCAAUAUCAUUCUUCUGCUAAAGGUGGGUUUUAUCACGAGAGGCACAGGAAUCUAUCUCUCGAUGUUUCCUCCGGCAAUAUGUCAACACGUUCAAUUGAAGAUCAAUCGGAAGAUCAAGAGGAACUGUCCCAAUUACCUGGUCUCAGGCUAGCUCAGAAGAUGCGACAUCAUUCCGAAGAGGUCGACCUUCAAAGAGAAGAAUUUGUUCCCGUGUACAAGCUACCAAUGGACGAGACUCUGAGGCUGGACAGGAAUAUGAUUGUUCGAAAAUGCCUUAAAGACCACCAUGAUUGUGAACGAACUUCCAAUCUUGAGGACCGACACGAGAAAGUUCUUCUGGUAAUGGGGGCUACCGGAGCUGGGAAGAGCACUCUUAUCAAUGGCAUGAUCAACUUUAUCAUGGGGGUUCAAUGGGAGGAUGACUUUCGAUUCAAGUUAGUAACCGAGAAAGUUACUUCUCAACAUGAAAGUGUGACAAAAGAAAUUACUGCCUACACUAUCCAUCCAUUAGAAGGUUCUAACAUUCCUUACACUUUUACAAUCAUCGAUACCCCUGGUUUUGGCGACACUAAAGGAUUGGACCGAGAUAUAAGUAUCACCAACCAAAUCCGAGAAUUUUUUUCUUUGAAGCCUCCCAAUGGAAUCGAUCAUCUUGAUGGGAUCGGGUUUGUUACACAGGCUUCGCAAGUGCGCCUUACUCCAACACAGAGAUACAUUUUUGAUAGCAUUCUGUCCAUCUUUGGAAAAGAUGUUCAAAACAACUUUUUUAUGAUGCUCACCUUUGCGGAUGGAAAAAGCCCUCCCGUUUUGGACGCUAUCAGAGAGGCCAAAGUAGCCUAUCAGGGUUACUUUAAAUUCAAUAAUUCAGCACUCUUCGCCGAGAAUACAAAGGCAGUUGAUGGCAACUUCGACAAAUUGUUCUGGGAAAUGGGUCGCGAGUCAUUCAAGAAUUUCUUUGAAAAGUUCGUGAGGUCUGAAAGCGUCAGUCUCCAGCUCACAAAUGAGGUUUUGAAAGAAAGAGAGCAUUUGGAGGUCCUCAUAGAAGGUCUCAACCCCCAAAUAAAGCAGGGACUCGCAAACAUCGAAACAAUGAGACAGGAGAAGCUAUUUCUGCAGCAACAUGAAGCACAAAUUGAACAAAGCAAGGAGUUUGACUUUUAUGUUCCAGUCAUGAAGGCAGAAGAAAUCGCCCUCCAAGAUUCUGGGAAACACACAACUACCUGCCUGACAUGCAAUAAUACCUGCCACGAAGAUUGCAAAAUUGCAGACAAUGACGAAAAGGCAAAAUGUGUCGCCAUGGACAAGGAAGGGAACUGUGAAGUAUGCUCUGGAAAAUGUCGCUGGGAAAAGCAUAAGAAUGUCCCAUAUUUGAUUAGAUACACCACGGUCCAAGAGAAAAGAACUUCUCUCGACUUGAAAAAAAAGUACGACACAGCUGUUUCAGGGAAGUCUAAAGUAGAAGGCAUGCUCAUCCAAUUGGAAAGGUGUCUUCAACAAUUAAGGAUCGACGUGCUAUCCGACAUGUACAAAGUGAGGAUGUCCCUCAAACGCUUAGAUGAAAUUGCAUUAAAACCUAAUCCUCUCACAGAAGUACAGUACAUUGAACUUCUGAUCAAGAACGAGAAGAGGGAAGCACGGCCUGGUUGGAAGGAUCGGGUGAAAGCUUUCGAAGAUUUCAAGAAGAAAGCUCAAAUGUUCAGCAAAAUAAAGGAGGAAAAAGAAAUUCCAAAGUUACUAGACGAGCUUAUUCCGCUGGAAGAAAAAAAAAAGGAAUCAAAAGCAAAAGGCAAAAGAAGUAAUUCGGGAUGUGCUUUAAUGUGAAAUAAGUUAUAAUUUGCGAUAGAGAAAUGAAUUAAGUAGAAAUAGAAAGAGCUGGUUCCACCCCUGUUGCACCGACCGCUUGAGUCUUUUUUCACCGGACUAAGUGUUGUUAUAAUCAAAGUUGACUUUGAAAGUGUCUUAUCUUAUCUAGUGUUUAGUUGAGUUCACUUUCCUUCCCGUGGGUGGAAUGAUGAUCCACUUUGCCGUGCUGUACAAGUCAAAUCAACCUUUAUAUCUCAAAGAAGGUAUGUCCUUGAGAAGCAAUGGCAGAAAUGUGAAAUUUCAAACCGAUUGCCAAUUCCGAGGAAUGGUCGCUAUAUACUCAUUCUUGAAGUUGGUCUUACAUGCGAUAAGUUCAAACUUUAAGGUUAGGGGAAAAAGUAGAAAUAAAGGCUAAUUUAAAAGGUUCAAAUUAUUUGAAUGAAAAGUGUUACAUAGUUACGCAGAAUAAUUUUUUUGAAGGAAGUUACUGAGCUACAUGUACAAAGGCGAGGAAGCCAGAAAUACUCGGUCUUCAGAAAUAUAGCUCAAGGUACAUAAGCUAAUAUUACGAAUUACGAAAUUAGGGAAGUUGUUGUCUCGAGCACUAGACCUUAGAAGAAACACAAUUAUCCUGGGUCUGCAGAUAAUUCUUUUUAAUUGUAUAUGUAACAAAAGAGGAAACCGUACCGUUACGCAACAAGUAACAGGAAUAUUCUGUAUAAUAGACUAGAUAUAUUAGAUGUUAUUUAAUCAGAAUUUAUAUGACACAUUGUAUCUAGGAAACGUUUGAGAGUAGAAAGGCAUGUGUCAUUUGAUUAAUAAUAAGUAAGCUUUAGGCUAGGUAAGCAGCGCGAGAUCUGAUAGAAAACAUCAGUUGUUUCUAGUAUUUCAUUGGGUCAACAGUGACUCAACUUUUAGUAAGUGUAACCUAUUGAGCACCUCAGAAGGUUAAUUUUUUUCAAAUAUCUUAUAAGUACUACCAACUCGUUAUUAGUACUUAGUAUCCUAAUGCCUAUACUUUACAGGUAUCGGUAAAACAGACACUAGGGUGUCUGAGUUGAGAAUUUUUCGAGUCAAUCUAUUACAUACAUUUGAAAUACAUAUCCGACAAGCUAGCAGAGGAGUUUAAGAACGAAGUAAUUAUAAUCCAGAUAGGACAGCUUAGAAUGUUGCUCUAGUUUCUUUAAAUCCCUUUGAUUUGUAAUUUUUUUAAAUCUCAUUACUCUCAGUAUUUUUCAAGAAGUAUUCUAGAAAUUUAAGUUGCACGUUAUGUUUGUAAUUGAUUACGUGAGGCUAAGGUCAUAGAAAUGAGACUAUUUAGACUAUGCUAAAUGACGCUAAAGGUAGAAUUAGAAAGAGUAAUAAUAACGAGAAAAAAGAAAGAUUAAAUGAGAAUAAUAAAAACAAGAGGAGGGGCAGAAGAAGAAAAUGAAGAGAGAAAUGGAAAAAAGAGGAUAAAGAAGAGGUCAACGAGAACGAAGAAGAUAAAGAGGAAGAUCAAGAUGACAAAAUGAAGAUUAUGAAGAGAAAGUCGGAAAAGAAGAAGAGGAUCUAAGCAAAUCAUGAGGAAAUAGAGGAUGAAGAUGUAAAAAGACAAAGUAUACAGCAAAAAUAAAAACGAUGGUGAAUAAAAGACGAAGAAAAAAGAAGCGGAGAGCACGAAGAAAAAAAAGAACAAGAAAAAGCACGAGACCAAGAGCAAGAGUAAGAUCAUCAACAAGAAGAACAACGACAAGAGCAAGAAGAAAAAGAAAAAAGAAGAAAAUAAUGAAGAAGUAGAAUGAAAGAAAGAGAAAAUAAGUGGUAUGAUGAGAAGAGGGAGAUAAACAGGAAAAUGCAAAAGAAGUAACAAGAAGAACAACAAGAAUAAGAAUAAGGAUGCGAAGAAGAAAAACGAGGAGAAAUAGAAGGAGAACAACAACAAGAAGAAAUAAAGAAAAAGAAGAACGAGAAAUGCAAAAAGAAAGAGAUCAAGAGUAAGAAGAACUUAAGUAAAGAGCCGGAAAAGAAGAGAGAAAAAGAAAAACGAAAACAAGGACAGGAAGAAAAUUAGGAAGUAGUGGAAAAGGAACAGGAAGACAACUACCAGAAAGAAAGAAAAUAAUACGAAGAAGGGAAACAAAAACAACAACAAGAGAUGAAGAACAACGGAAAGAAGAGAAAAAGAAGACGACAAAGGAUAAGCGGAGGAAGAGAAAUAGAAAACAGAAGAAGUGCAAGGGCAGACAGCAAUUGACCUGUAAACUACUUCAAGAUGCUGCCAUUCAACAUGAGACACUCGUGAAUAAGGUAACAUGUUAAUCCAUAGGAAAUGAUAGAGGUAAAGUUAACUAAAGAGCCAAGGGGCCUAUCAUGCCAGAGUUUAUCUUUUUCCAGUAAAACUAAACGGCUAGCAGUAGAGCCGCUCCCCCUGCAUAGAAUCCCAUUCCAUUGAACUGCAUUUCGUCAGGUUGACCUGACAGUUUGUUGGUAUUCAUUUAUCACACUGAGCGAAGAGGACGCUGUGAGAGUAUUGAAUCCCACUCAAAGACAAAACAUGCUGACCCCCAGUGGCGUUGAACCCAAACUUUUUGAUCCAUGGUCCACCGCAUUAACAAUAGGGCAACAGCGUCUCCCAUCUCUAGGAAUUUAGAGAGGAAGCCCACCCCCUCCCCCCCCUUAGGAAAAGGCUCUCUUUUCAAUUUAACCACAAAAACCACGUUAUUCCGAUUUAAUGGUUACCCCAUAGUCCAUAUAAGUUUCCCUCGAGGGCUAAAUAACGCAUACCCAAGCUAUCGCCAGACAAUUCGUCAUAGCACAUCUCCACAGUCACUCGGUUGCCACAGUCACAUAGAUUAAGAUGGAAUAUUUCAGAACAGCAUUUUCUUCUUAUCAUGAUUUGAAGGCCUAGAGAUCUUGCGCACACCUUACCGAACAACUUAAUCAUGUUUCUUUCUUAAGAAUGAUAUAACUAAUUUCUUCCGUAUAUCUCAUAUUUAGGAUGAAAUCGAGCGAUACAGAAUGACGUCUGUGGACUGCCACGAAGAUGGAGCUUCAUCCGAAGAAAAACUGACUGGCUGAGACACAAACUUGCGCCGGAUAUGAGAGAUGAUGAAGAUUUACCAUCAGGUCGUAGGAUUACCUACACUAGCAGAGCCAGAUGUAGAGAAGGCAUCGCGAUGGCCGCUAUAUCGUUAGGUGAGUCGAUGAAUCUCAAUAGUGUGGUGUUGAGACUUUAUUAGCGUCAAAUGUGCUUUAACUGAUCAUCGCACAACUACAAGGUUAAGCGAGGUCAAACAUGUGCGUCUUUAUGUCUGGUUACUCUAUGUAAGAAGGUUAUGAAGCAAAAGAUACAAAGCUACGUACUAAGCAUUUUUAAUUUAUUAAUGGUGCGUUUGCUAAAUGUCAGGUAUUGUUUACCCGACAUAUGAAUGAUUUUGUGGUUCCUUUAAUGCGAUUGGAGACGAGGUGGCCUCACGGUUAGCGACCUGGACUUAAGAUCAAAGAUAGUAUAAGUGGGUACCGGUGAAACAUCAAAAUUCUUAAGCGAUGAACGAGGAAGGGGUAGUCAGGAAAUCGGAACAAGCUCCAACCGCUGAGCUCCUAAGCUCUUAAAAUAAUUAUAUAACCAAUUCUACCACCUGAGGAAGAGUCUUUCUUAAUCGUGAAUUUUUGCAUUCAUUUGCAAAGCAAUGUGACUUUAAAAUAUAGUUCUACGAUUUGAUUUACAAUUUUGAUUUGAAAUGGGGAAGGUAUCGUGAUAUACAGGCGUUACUGUAUAUCUGACAUUGCUACUCUGCUGAAAUCACUGAAAUUUUUUCAACAUUGGAGUUCUCUUUACCUUCAGCUACUAACCCUUGUUAUUUCUCUUCCGUUUCGUUUUAGAGGGUAAGCGAGACCGGAACAAUAGUUAACUGGUUGUGAUGGCGAAAAUGCACCAGUACCAGUUUUGAAGAUCUGCUACCUUCCCAAAAAAAAGUAACACUCACUGAACUGAGGACACUUAGUAUACUAUAAAUUAACUCUACCAGAGACGCAAUAACUUGGAAGAAUUAAUUUCUAUUGUUAAUUAAAUAAUGUUUGAAAAAUGCAAUUGCAUGUCCAACUCAUUUCAGUUUAGGAUUUUUCGGUUUGUUCGAGCCGUCUAUUUACUCUCAAUUUUGAAAACUUUUGAAGUGAUUUUGAUGACUGAUGAAAAGUAAAUUCAUUCAAAAGCAAAAGAAGUUUUGUUAUUAUUAUUCCCAGUUUUUCAUGUCGCUAAUUUUUGAUUGCCAAU